AUGUUUAUGCCUGCAAAUGUUGAGAAUGUGCGUGUGGCAGCACUGAAUAAGAAAAACUGGCAGUUACUAAAAGAUAAUAAGGAACGUGCUGAAGAGGUCACAUUACGCAUAUUGUCUCAGCUGGGUCAUCAACGAUCGAGAUCGCAAGUCGCAUCAACGAGUGAUAGUGAUGUGCAAGAACCCGGAAUAGUUACGUCAACAAAAAUCGUACUGAGAAAACUGCUUGCCAAGCUGAUGAGAAAUUGUUCCGCCGAUACUGAGAACCUAGAACAGACACGUGUACGAUCACGAGCUCGUUUAAGAAAAGUUUUUCGUAUAUAUCAGGACCCCCAGAAGAUACCCUGGACCAUAUCCAUAGUUAAUAUAAAUCUUACUGAUGAUGCACGACGCUGGUUUGUGCAACGCAAUAGUGACACGGUUCUCUGGUCUACCACGUCAGCUCUAAUGUACAUCGCACAACUCUUAGCAGUCCUCGCUAACUAUCAUGGACUAAUCCUGCCUAUUAAUGUGAAUGUGUUGGAUUUCUCUGAUAUAAGGAAAGCAGAGUCGAAUUAUAACAAGCUGAAUUUCAACGUGAAAUGUGCUUGCCACGCGCUCGGAGUAGUACUUUACCAGAGACAAGAGCAUUGUAUUCUAUUGAACCUGACGAGAGUUCUAGUGUUAGACCGCAUUAGCUUCAACUCUGAGCCUGUACGGAGCGGCAGUAUAUCAUAUGAUGACAAUGUAGCGGCGGUUGACGAUGGUAUGCGAUCCGGAAUGCUCGACGAACUCUAUUUGAAGGCUUUCUCGCCCGAAUCUCUUCGUAUUAUGGAGAAGAGUAGUACACAGCUUAACAAAUACACUGGUGAUGACUGGGAGACGAUCGAGGCCUUGACCGAUCCCGAGUUUGAAGACCUCGGUGUAUCUAGGCCAGAGCGUGACCAUUUUUAA